AGCCCAACUUUCUGGUUAAUAGCCUUCUUAUUCGUACCACUACUCUGACGGCUUAAUGAGCACAUUUACGAUGUACUCUAACCUUGCGUUACCGGUGGUUGGUGCGAUUGAUCCUCACUUACAGAACGGCGACGAAACCGAACCUAGUCUGCACACGAACGGCAAGCGCAAGCGAGACGCGCACGAUUCUGGGCGCGAAGCAGGAUCAAGCUACAUUCCACCAUGGCAAUCUAAUGUACGCGUCAACGGAGUCCAGAACCAGCGGAAGAAGGUGCUGAGGAAGGCCAAAGUAUAUGAGAGCAGCCAAGAAAUGCUAGACGCGCUUCGAAUCUGCUUCAUGCAGGAGAAGCAAGUCGAUUUCAGUGGCAGCUACAUCGUGCUUAAUGAGCCGCCCAUGCUGGAUAAACACCGCGUUCAAUUGGUCUCUCACGAUGUAUGGAGAACAUCCGGGUAUCGGUUCACCGUCAAGGACCACCCGCGUACGAAGGACGGCCACAAAACUCGCCUUUGGUGUACCCAAGACGAUGCCCGACAGAACCGCAAAGGACCUCCCGAAAAGGCCCGUACACUCGUGACAGGCGAAGUGGUUGCCAAAACUCGCUACCCGUGUCAUAGCAGGCUCCUCAUCUCAUCUCGCGAUACCACCCAACCGAAUCACCGCAUGGUCACCGUGCGGAUACAUCAUUAUGCUGCGCAUGCACCUUAUCACGAACCUCCCCCGGGCUUCUUCGUGAACCCAACUUGGCCGUCGUAUAUGAUGCUUCAGCCCCCUCAGCCUCAAGUACCGUGGAUGAUGCCUCCCCAGCCUCUACCGCCUCCAAUGUCUUCUCAGCAGCGGCAAAUAACUCAAGAACUCGAAUACCUCGAUUCAGACGAGGACGAGGAAUCGGACCGAGAAGAUGCUAAUCGCGAAACCCCUGCAACCUCCGAGCCACUCCCUGAUGAUCCCCUAACGGACUCAGGGCAGUUCCAAAGACAGAUGCGGAUGCACAUCAAUAACAUCCGCGAUUUCUGUGAUGGGCUGGAGUACCAGUUGCAAUUCAAUGACCAUCGGCUAUUACACGAGUUGGAGAAGGAGGGCGGGUCAUUUCUACGCUUCGUGCAUGAAUGUUUGAGGAGGGAAGGUCGCUUGCAGGAUCACGACGUGUCUCAAAGCAAAGUCACUACACCACCAUCUGAGCCCGAGCAGUCGGCAGCCUCAGAGUCGCGACCUCGGGGGGCUGAAACAGACCCGGAACCAGAGCAUGAGCUGGGAACUAACGGUGACCUUGGAUAGCGUGUCAUCAAUAUUCUCUCCUAUUCGAAUCUGAAUAUUUCAUAUUCGUUUCCCAUCAUACUUCUCAAGACAGUCUGAACACUCAUCAUACGGCACUAGUUCUGUUCCUUCUCCGCCUUACUGGCAACGAACUGGCACCUCGCCACCUCUUUCUCAUCCGCGAGUUCAAUGAAACUCCCACUCAUCGUCGUGGUGUUCUGUUGCAGCACAAUCUGCUUUUUCUCCCCCAAGGAGAAGCGAUCCCAGACGGGUGAUCGUUUCAGCUUGAAAGUAUUUGGAUCUUCUGCCCGCACGAAGGAGAGCCAAUACGCAAUCAGUUCCUGUGAGAAAGCCGUUUCCUCUGGCGUCAUUGAACUGAACGUUGCUGAGCCAUUGUAUCUUGCU